AUGAACUCGCAGCUCUUGUUGGCGAUCUGCACGUUGUGUUUCGCUGGAUGCCAUGGUUUCUUCGGCUCCAGCAGUAGUCGACACUCACAGGCAAGUAGAUUACUUCAGGUGACCAUCCGACAUCUUAACGGAACCCUGGACGAAGAGAUGAGUACCUACACCUGCUCGUGCGCCUACCCGCAUACCUGCUCCUCGGACUGGACACGGUCUGGUCACGUGAUCUCCCGGAACCUCUUGUCAACCACCCACAACAUCACCAUGAACAUGAUGUUCUGCCAGGCCGUGCAGCCUCAGCGCGAGUGUACCUAUGGAGAACAGGCCUUGGUGGUGUCAGGCUCGUUGACCAUCCCCUAUGAUGUGGUGUCCAUCAACUGUCGCUGCAGAGACUCGACCCCACUCCUGCUCAAAGAGAGAAGCAUAGGGCCGGACUAUCUCUACUACCACUACUAUGUCUGUGACAGCCACAUGAUGACGUGCCAAAGAUCACAGUCUAACUGUGCUACACUGACUUCCGAGUCCACCACGUACAACUGCAAGUGCCCUAACAACCGCCACUGUCGGAUCACUGACCCGUUUACACAUGGGCGCUGUAUGUAG